AUGGUUUACUCCCUUCGUGAAGGAGGGGAUAUAACAAACAUUGUCGAUGCCUGGCUAGCAGGAAAUUUUGACACAAGUUCUGUUUGGAAAGCUGUGGAGACAGCGAUGGAAUGUUUCGUAAGCAUCGACUGUGGGGCUACUGGAGAUUACAUAGACAAUGUAACUGGUCUAUUUUAUGAGUCAGAUGCAAUGUACAUUGAUGCAGGAGAAGUCAGGGAGACAUCUCACGAAUUCAACCUGCCAUGCUAUAAACAGCAGGUACAGUAUUUGAGGAGCUUUCCUCAGGGAACAAGGAAUUGUUACACACUGAAGCCUAAGCAAGGGGCAAACCAUAAUUACCUUAUCAGGGCUCUCUUUGCAUAUGGGAAUUAUGAUGGCAAAAACCAGUUCCCCACGUUUGAUCUACAUCUUGGUGUUAAUAAAUGGGUGACUGUCGACCCCUACAGUUCAACAGGAUUAUUUGAAAUUAUUCAUGUUCCCUCAGUGGAUUACAUUGAUGUGUGUCUUGUGAACACUGGCUAUGGAGUACCCUUCAUAUCAGCAUUGGAUUUAAGGCCUUUGGACAACUCCAUUUAUCGAAUUCAAGACGGUGCACUCUCCACCAUUGGAAGACGUGAUUUGGGUGGUUCUUCCGUUACCAGGUACCCAGAUGACAUCUAUGAUCGCUUAUGGAUUCCUCUUCAUCCUAUCAAUUUCGAUGGUUCGAUUACCAUUUCCACACAGUCCACAAUAUAUACCCCAAGUUUCGAUGAUGGUUAUAAAAUACCAGCUGAAGUGCUGAAAACUGCAGCAAAGUCACAGAAUGCCAGCAUUCCCCUGAGUUCAUCCUCUUACUUUCCAAGUUCUUCAUCUCAAUUUUAUGUUUACUUUCACUUUACAGAGAUUGAAAAGUUUAAAGAUGGCCAGAAAAGGGAAUUGAGCAUUGGGCUAAACGGUGAACGCAAUCUUACAGAAUGGACUGGUCUUGAAUACCUAAAGCCAACCAUCAUAGCUCCAAAUUAUCCACCAAUCAAUGGCACUCAACUUAACUUUUCUAUCUAUGCAGCAGAAGGUUCAGAUCUUCCUCCUAUCCUUAAUGCUUUCGAAGGUUUUGUGUUCGUGGAGCUCCCACUUUCACUAACAAACCUUAAUGAUGUUAUUGCUAUCAAAGGCCUCAAACGAAAAUACGGAGUGACUAGAAACUGGCAAGGGGAUCCAUGUGUUCCAAGUAGUUUCUCAUGGGAAGGUUUGAUAUGCACCAAUGAUACCACUCCAAGGAUCAUCUCAUUGAAUUUGAGCUCAAGCAAAUUGACAGGUGAGAUAGCAACUUCACUGUCUAAUCUCGAAGCAUUAACGGUAUUAGAUUUAUCAUACAACCACUUGACUGGGCCAGUACCAGAAGUUCUUGCCCAACUGCCAAAUCUGAAAGUCCUGGACAUAACUGGGAACAAACUCAGUGGUUCAGUUCCUGAUGCUCUAUUGGAAAAGUUCAAAUGUGGAACAUUGUUAUUGAGGCUUGAAGGAAACCGAGAUCUUUGCCUGUCAGCUCCAUGCCAUGAAAACAAAAUGAACUUCAAUAUUUUAGCAGUGGUACCUACUCUAGUUAUCUUGCUAAUUCUGCUCCCUGCCAGUGCUCUGGUCAUGUACAGAAUUCGAAGAAAAGGAGCUACUGGAUCCAAGGAGGAAGGGUCUCUGAAAUCGAAAAAUCGACAAUUCACUUACUCUGAGAUUGUUAGUAUCACUGAUAACUUCAAAACUGUUAUUGGAGAAGGAGGAUUUGGAAAAGUUUACAUGGGCACUCUGGAAGAUGGCACUGAAGUUGCUGUUAAGGUUCUCUCACAGUCAUCAAGACAAGGUUAUAAGGAAUUUCAAGCAGAGGCACAACUCUUGAUGAUUGUUCAUCAUAGGAACUUGGUUUCUCUGAUUGGUUACUGUGAUGACCGUCACAAUAAGGCACUAAUUUAUGAAUACAUGACCAAUGGAAACUUAAAACAGUAUUUAUUAGAGAUGGAUACAAAUAUGCUAAGCUGGAGUGACAGGGUUGAAAUUGCAGUAGAUGCUGCCAAUGGGUUGGAUUAUCUACAUAAUGGUUGCAAGCCACCUACAAUACACAGAGACUUGAAGCCAUCUAACAUUUUGCUAAAUGAAAACAUGCAAGCAAAACUAGCUGAUUUUGGACUCUCCAGAUUAAUCUACAAAGAAAAUGAUUCUGGUAUAGAUACAUGCCCUGCUGGCACACCUGGAUAUAUAGAUCCUGAAUUCUAUGUAACUGGGAUCUUAAACAAGAAAAGCGAUGUUUAUAGCUUUGGGAUAAUUCUGUUUCAGCUGAUCACUGGGCAACAUGCAAUUAUGAGAAGCCUUGGAGAAGAUAGAUACAUACUUCAGCGUGUGAUACCGCUAAUCGAAAGAGGGGAUAUCCAAAACAUUGUGGAUCCAAGAUUAGAGGGACAAUUCAACACUAACACAGCCUGGAAAAUAGUGGAGAUAGCCAUGUCAUGCGUGCUACCCAGUGCAGUUCAAAGACCGGACAUGAGUGAUGUGGUGACUGAACUAAAAGAAUGUUUGGCUACUGAGGUGGAUCCUAGAAGAUCCUACCCUGCAGAAAGCAGCAACACCAGUUCAGGUGAUCCUCUCGAAAACGUCUGCAUUGAGCCUGGAAUGGAGAUAGUUCCCAUUACAAGCAUCGAUUGUGGGGCGAGUGGAGGUUUCAUAGACAAUGUAACUGGUCUAUUUUAUGACUCAGAUGCAAUGUACAUUGAUACAGGAGAAAUCAGGGAGACAUCUUUCGACUUCAACCUGUCAUGUUAUAAACAGCAACUGAAGCCUAAACAAGGGGCAAACAAUAAUUACCUUAUCAGGGCUUUCUUUGCAUAUGGGAAUUUUGAUGGCAAAAACCAGUUCCCCACGUUUGAUCUAUAUCUUGGAGUUAAUAAAUGGAGGACCGUUGACCACUAUACAGUACUUGAAAUUAUUCAUGUUCCCUCAGUGGAUUACAUUGAUGUGUGUCUUAUGAACACUGGCUAUGGAGUUCCCUUUAUAUCAGCGUUGGAUUUAAGGCCUUUGGACUACGCCAUUUAUCGAAUUCAAGACGGUACCCACUUGACAUCUAUGGUCGCUUAUGGACUCCUAUUAAUUUCAAACUGGACUGUCAUUUCCACAGAGUCCACAAUAUAUGCCCAAAGUCUCGAUGAUGGUUAUAAAAUACCAGCUGAAGUGCUAAAAACUGCUGCAAAGUCACUAAACGCUAGCAUUCCCGUGACUUUAUACUUUGACCCUCCAGGUUCUUCAUCUCAAUGUUAUGUUUACUUCCACUUCACAGAGAUUGAAAAGCUUAAAGAUUGCCAGAAAAGGGAAUUGAGUAUCGGGCUAAACACAGAAGGUUCAGAUCUGCCUCCAAUCCUUAAUGCUAUAGAAAUUUUUGUGUUUGUAGAGCUCCGACUUUCACCAACAAACCUUAAUGAUGCUUUUGCUAUCAAAGACCUCAAACAAAAAUACGGAGUGACUAGAAACUGGCAAGGUGAUCCAUUUUUCCAAGUAGUUUCUCAUGGGAAGGAAUUUGAGGUCAAACAAAUUGACAGAGAUUUAUCAUACAACAACUUGACUGGGCCUGUACCAGAAGUUCUUGCCCAAUUGCCAAAUCUAAAAGUCCUGAACUUAACUGGGAACAAAUUCAGUGGUUCAGUUCCUGAUGCUCUUUUGGAAAAGGUCAAUAGUGGAACAUUGCUAUUGAGACUUGAAGAAACCCAAAAUCCUUGCCUGUCAAGUCCAUGCCGUGAAAAUAAAAAAAUGAACUUCAUUAUUCCAGCAGUGGUGACUACUCUAGUUAUCUCGCUCAUUCUGCUCCAUGCAUGUGCUUUGGCUAUGUACAAAAUUCGAAGAAAUGGAGUGUCCAAAUAUAUAGCUACUGGAUCCAAGGAGGAAAGGUCUCUGAAAUCAAAAAAUCGACAAUUUACUAACGCUGAGAUUGUUAGUGUCACUCAUAACUUCAAAACUGUUAUUGGAGAAGGAGGAUUUGGAAAAGUUUACAUGGGCAUCAUGGAAGAUGGCACUGAAGUUGCUGUUAAGGUUCUCUCACAGUCAUCAAGACAAGGCUAUAAAGAAUUUCAAGCAGAGGCACAACUCUUGAUGAUUGUUCAUCAUAGGAACUUGGUUUCUCUGAUUGGUUACCGUGAUGAGCAUCACAAUAAGGCACUGAUUUAUGAAUACAUGACCAAUAAAGACUUAAAACAGUACUUAUUUGCAGAAAUCGAUACAGGUAUGCUAAGCUGGAGUGACAGACUUUACAUUGCAGUAGAUGCCGCCAAUGGGUUGGAUUAUCUACAUAAUGGUUGCAAGCCACCUACUAUACACAGAGAGUUGAAGCCUUCUAACAUUUUACUAAAUGAAAACAUGCAAACAAAACUAGCUGAUUUCGGACUCUCCAGAUUAAUCUAUAAAGAAAGUGAUUCUGGUAUGGAAACAUGUCCAGCUGGCACACCUGGAUAUAUAGAUCCUGAAUUCUAUGCAACUGGGAUCUUAAACAAGAAAAGCGAUGUUUAUAGCUUUGGUAUUAUUCUGUUUCAGCUGAUCACUGGGCAACAUGCAAUUAUAAGAAGCCUCGGAGAAGAUAGAUACAUACUUCAGCGAGUGAUUCCAGUAAUUGAAAGAGGGGAUAUCCAAAACCUUUUGGAUCCAAGAUUAGAAGGAGAAUUCAACACCAAGGCAGCCUGGAAAAUUGUGGAGAUAGCCAUGUCAUGUGUACUACCAAGCGCAGUUCAAAGACCGGACAUGAGUGAUGUACUGGCUGAACUAAAAGAACGCUUGGCUACUGAGGUGGAUCCCAGAAGAUCCUACCCUGCAGAAAGCAGCAACACCAGUUCAAGUGAUUUGCUUGAAAACGUCUGCAUUGAGCCUGGAAUGGAGAUAGUUCCCAUUACAAGGUAACUACUGAAUAUGUUGUAGUGCAGCGUAGCACUCCAAUGCCACAUUUACAUAGUUACUGACUGUGAAUUUAUGAGCUUUGAG